CAUGCCUGUGAGGGAGCUGCUGGUGGUGGCAGUGGCGCUGGUGACUCUCGUUGCUGCUGGUGGGGAAGACCUGAACAAAGGGAAUGGCCUGAGAAAGGAAAACCAGGCAAGACAUCCGGAUUUUGAAAGAUGGGGAGUGUCAAGCUAUCUGAGCUUUCUGGUAGAUUUCCUGAGCCUAGAAACAGGUGAUUAAUUGAUCCUGUGUGCUUUGUGCUGAUUGUACAUUUAAGGUAGUGAUGGUGAAUAAUAAAAUGACAUGCACAGUCUAAUUUCAACAGCCCUUUUUUAUAUAAGGCUGAGUGAAAAAAGCUCAAGCCAGUUCCCACAAGUGGCUACUAAAAGCAUACAGUCAAAAUGUUCCUUUCAAAUCCACAUCACAUACCAGGGCUCUGUACUGUGAGUAUUAUUUCACCCACAUUCCUGUGAGAAAGGUCACAUAAGAGUAGCAAGAAACACACAGAUCCCAGAGAAGAAGGUGCUGAACAAGUACAGUUUUUUUCUGUAGUAGGCAAUUUAGUGAAGGGAAAGUAAAGCUUGUUCAACUUGGGAGAACAGAACUCACUGACUGCCUAGCAAAAUAAAACAUUUCCAGAGUGGCUGUAAAUUGAAAACAGUAUCAUCUGCUCUUCUCACAUGAAACAUUAUUCAGCUUUUUAUCCAAGAGCCUUUCACAACACAAGCAGAGAUAAAGAAGUAAUCAUCCUGCUCCACUCAGCUCUGGUCAGACCACACCUGGAGCAUUGUGUUUAGUUUUGGUCCCUUCUCCACAAAAAGGAUGCAGACAGGCUGAAGAGGGUCCAGAGAAGGGCCAUAAGGAUGAUCAGAGAACUGGAGGACCUGCCAUAUGAGGAGAGGCUGAGAAAACUGGGUUUGUUCAGCCUCGACAAAAAAAGGCUUCAGAGAAACUUCAUUACCGUGUUCCAGUACUUAAAAGGGUGGCUACAAAGAAGAUGGAGAGUCCUUAUUUACAAGGAGCCACAUGGGAAAGGCAAGGAGUCAUGGGCACAAGUUGCUCCUGGGGAGAUUGUGAUUGGACAGAAGAGGUAAAUUUUUCACCACAAGGUAGUUUAUCAUUGGAAUAGUCUCCCAAGGGAAAUUAUAGAUUCCCCCACACUGGACAAUUCACAGUCUCAGCUUGACAGGGUGCUGAGCCAUCUCAUAUAAACUAGAGCACUACCUAGAAAUGCUGGACCAGAUGAUCCUUGAGGUCCCUUCCAACCUGACAUUCUAUGAUUCUGUGAUUCAGACAGCACUAUGAGAGCAUGGAAAAAGCCCAAGUAGAAACUCUGAAUGCAAGGGGACUCAGAUCUCUGCUCCAGCUCUCCAAACUGAACCAAUUAACCAAUUAAUGCUCCUUGGGAAGUGCAGAUUCCCAGCCAGACGCCAAAUUUCAGGUCCAGGUUGUUCAUGGUGUCAGGACCAUUUCUGGGACUGUGGCAAGGCACAGUCCAACCAAGGUAACAGGGUAAGUGUGUAUCAGUAGUCCUUGGGGACCCCUCUGCUCUUUCAUCUCCCACCCCUAUCAGAUGGAACACAACUCACCUUUCAUAGAAUACCUGUAACAAGGGUGUAUGACUUGGGUGUGGCAAGGGCCUUCCUUUGCUAAGAGUGACAAAGAUUAGUCGUCACUGGCUAAUUCAGGACUUGCCUCCUGGAUUCAGUUCUGUGCUGCACCAGAUGUUGUAUUUCUGCAAAAUGACUGGUUGAGAUUUCUGAUCAGCUUUAGCAAGCAUGGAGUUGCUUUGAAUAGUGCUUCAGUGUGAACUGAAACCCUUCAAGGACAGGUCUGUGCUCACCCACAUGAGAUCAUGCUGCUUUGACUUGUUACUAGACUCACACAAUUUAUUUGCAGGCAUCUGGGGAAGGGUCUGGGGAGCAUCAUACAGUCAAGUGAGCUCCCUGAAGUCAGUAAACACACUGUGAGUCCAGGAGCUGUGCCAGUGUCACGGCUACUGUGCUUGACCAGCUAAUAAUCUAACCCAUCCCCACACACAUCUUCUUGAAACCACCAAGUGGGAUGUGGUGGCACUGUAACUCAUGACAAAGCCAUUGCUGAUGGAUUUAAUGCUGCAGCUGGAAAUAGUAUUGAGGAGUGCAAACCAGACAUGCUUGGUCAGACUGGAGAUCCAUUUGACCUAGUGUCCACUGUUUUCAGGCCCAGAGUUGGCUGCUGUCAUGAAAAGCUUUUCUCUUAUUAAAAGCUUUUUUCACAGGCUGAAAAGUCCUAGCCUGGCUAGUUGCUCAGAGUUCUCUAGAGCUCUGGCCAUCCUUAUUUUCAUUUCCUAAACCCUUUCCACUUCUGCAGAGGAGGGGACACAGCUUGCCCAGCAGUCCAUGGUUGCUGCUAUUACACCAUCUGCUCAUUUGCCCCAGGGAUCUGCAAAGCCAUUUGCCUCUUCCUCUCUUCUGGGUAUUGAGGGAGAUGUGGUCUGGCAGCCUGUUGCUCUCUGCAGUGCCAGCUCUCCUGUGCAGACCUUUGGGUAGUGUUUCACCUGCACCAUAGGGAAGGGCUUAGGUGAGGUUAUCACCCCCAAAAUACUUCCAUGGUGAACAACACAAAUGUGCUGCUCAUUUUCCCCCUGGGGUUUUCUGCUCCUGCCAGCCUAGCUGCAGGCAGGAUGUAUCCGAGCAGCUCUGUCCCAGCUCUCAGCCAGGGAUGAGGGGAGGGUUAUGCCCAGCAUAGCAUAACUGGGACACAAUCUCCCUCUAGGGUUGGGGGGAUGACCAACAUCUCAGCCCCAUGCAGCGGUUUGAGAGGCACAGGCAGAGUGACUGCAGCCCAUCCCCAUGUAUCCCUUGAGAGCCGUGUCUAUUUGUUUGCAAAGGCUAAGAAAACCAACACAGACAAUUCGGAGGCUCUUCAGAAGUGGUAAACCACAUGCCUCCUGCACGACAUGGAGUGUUUAUUCAGAAACUGCAGAGCUAAAGCAUACACUUGCAGGCCAGACCCUCAAGGUCAAAGCGUGGGCAGCCUCAGGACAGGUCCAAUGUUGACCUACAUGCAGCUAAUUCAGAGAUAUUCAUCCUCCCUGGGGACUCGUGGAUUUGCCUGUUUAUUUCACAUAGCUCAAGGGUGAGUGAUAGAGCAAGGGACAGCAAAGGGAGUGAUUUAACACCACCAUGGACCUCACAGGCCAGUGAGGGAUGGCUGGAUCCAGCCUGGUGCAGAAAUCCUGAUGCUGAAACCUGGCAGAUCUGUGUCUGAGGAGGUCAGGUAAGACUCAAGAGGAAGCCAGUGGAUAGCGAGACACCUGCAAUGCACUGGUCUGUGGCAGAGGGUAAGCACAUGGAUUUGUGCUUUUGCAUACAGUUUUGGCUGUUGAAUGUAUCGGUUUCCCAUCUUUCCAUGCUUCAGUCAAGUCGGGGGGGGAAGGAGUUAUUUGCUCUCACAGGCACCAUGGUUGAUCACACAGGGCUGCUGGUUGUCCUGCUCCCAGGGAAGCACACUGCAACCAAGUAAGUUGCCCCCAAAUCUGCCUUAAGUCAGGGAGUGAAGGACAAACCUGGAAAUUGCUUCUCUGUCAUUAUCAGGCAAGACAAAACUGGUAGAAGUGCCCUGACACCUUGCUAGAGUGACAUUAGCUUAGCUCCCCCAGCUGCUCCCCAGAUAACCUUGGGCUCAGGGCUGUGUCCAUGGCUGCAGGGAGGGAUAGGCAGGUCUCCGGAUACUGCCUUGCAGUAGCAGUGCCAGACAGGGGUAAACAGAGAUAGCAUUGAGGCUCGUAAAGAGCUUUGACUUAUACAUAGGUAUAAAGCCUGGUCUUGCUGUAUCUGCAGUGACAGUAGUCUCAACGGUACCAGGAUAGGGGCCUGGUGGCAGGAUCCAGCCUUAGAUCCAGCUGUCCCAUGGACAAAGCAUUCCCAGGGCUUCUAGGUAAUGAGAGCCUCGUGAGGCACUGGCAUGGUGAGUUGUACCCAAGGUUGGGGGUGUUCCCAUAGUGAGUAGCUCCAGUGACACUCAAGGACUUUGUAACACUGAAGCUGCUCAGGUUGCUGGACACCUGGUUGAGCUCCUCCAGGUCAUUACCAGGAAUCUGGAUGCAACCUGCAGCUGGCCCAAGGCCAGCUGAGCUGAAAUGUGCAGAGAAGGGAGAGGGAAGCAGCACCUGGCACACUGUAAAGUGUCCAGCUGCAACAAUUCAUUUGAGACUGACCAGAAAGUUUAACCUGCUUGCAUAAAUUCAUCAUAGCAAAGGGGAUGGCUGUUUGUGCCACAUCUGCUACAGAGCUCUGCUGGAGAAGAGCCUGCUGUUUCUGGUGUUUGUGGGAGACAGGGAAGCCACACUGGGCUCCAAAAUGGGCCCAGUGUCCAUGGCACUGUGGGCAAGUCUCUGCCUCUGUGUCUCCACUGCAGAGCAGAGAGAAUUUGAAACUAGGUAGUGCAGUCUGUAGUUUCUACACUGUUAUCCAUCAUCAAAGCCUUUCAUGGGAUAAUAAAAUAACUUCCUUAGCAUUUAAAGUAAUUCACACACAAGAGCCAAGUCUUUACAGGGAUUAAGGUCCUGACAGAUGCAAGCACAGGUUCUGAAGAUUUUAGAGUGCAUCUAUUCCAUUAAGCACCUCUAAAGACCCUGAGGGCACUGUAGUUCUUCCUUUUACAAACAUUGUUUACAAAUGUAUUGGUUUCUACCCAGCUAGAAGAUGGCUGGAUAGGAGAAACAUUCAUAGUACCAGCUCUGCAGUGUCGUAUGGCAAUGUUUUGCUGAGUCAAGAGUGAUUUAUCAGACCUCACCAGGCUCUGGAGUGACUGGAUAGACUGGGGUGUGUGAGAAGCUGAGCACACACAGCCCAUUCCCAUGGAGCACUGAAACACCCAGGGACUUCGACUCUUUCUUCCAUGUUUCAUACCACUUGCAAGCAACCUGGGAUAUGUCAAGCUUUUGUUGUAGGAGUACUUCCCAAUGUGGUGUCCCUCUACGGCCAGGCAUAUAGAAUUAUAUAAUAAAAUCAUUUAGGUUGGAAAAGACUUUUCUGACCAUCAAGUCCAAUCAGUAACCUAACUGCCAAGUCCACCACUAAACCAUGUCACUAAACACCAUGCCUACACAUCUUUUAAAUACCUGCAGGGGUGGUGACUCAACCACUUCCUUUCUAAUAUCCAAUCUAAAUCUCCCCUGGUACAACUUGAGGCCAUUUCCUCUUGUCCUAUUGUUUUUUUUUUUACUGGCAGAAGAGACCAACAUCCAUCUCUUUUCAGUUAGUUGUACAAAGCCAUAAGGUCUCCUCUGAGCCUCCUUUUCUCCAGACUAAACAAGCCCACUUCCCUCAGCCACUCCUCAUAAGACUUGUGCUCUAGACCCUUCACCAGCUUCAAUACACUCCAGCAUCUCAAUAUCACCUCAAUAUCUUUCUUGGUUUGUGUGGCCCAAAAGUGAACACAGCAUUCACAGUAUAUGUUUUCCACCUCCACAAGCACUGUCUUUGUAUGGUACAGCAUCCUACAAGGACCAGUUUUCAGCAUGUCUGCAUGAGGGAGGGUGACCUCAGGACCAUGAAGCGUCACACAGUGCUGGAACAUGGACACCCUCACCAGCAUGGACAUCUUGUCUUCACUUGUGAAUGAGGCAAAAUAAACUUCCCUGUGAAUGACUUGGAAGCCUCACAUCUCUUUAUGCCAUCCAUGCUCCUGGCCCACCCUCCCAUAUCACUGUGUUCCCAUAUCUGCUCUGCUGCCACCACCCUGCUGCUUCUUUUGGGACUGCUAAACCUGCCCCACCUCUCUGGAGGUACCUUGUAAUCUGCAGUGGACACAGGGGAGGAGCCCUAGAGUGAAGUGGUAACUCAAGGGAUAAGCAGAAAAGCAGCAGAGAUGACCACAGACUCCCAGGUUAUGUCUUAACAAACACACAUGCGUGCAAUACCAAACUUUGAGCUUCCUCCGGGGACCUAGGGAGAGAACCUGCAGAGAGCAAAGGCUGUGCUUGAGAAAGGAAAACCUGGGAAAGACUGGAGUUGGGCCAGAUCCGCUCACCCCUGAGAAGAUGCUCUGCUCCAGGGCAAGACUUGGGACUGCACAAGGAGGUGGUAUCAUCCCUGCCAUGAAAGGCAGGCAAUACCCAGGGUACCUGGGGGUAGCCACAUCGUUGGGUUCUUCUACCAACCCUGGACACACUGAGAAUUCUUUAGAGGGCGGGGGUGGUUUUUAGGGGCACUAGCAACUCACCAGAGCAUAAGCAGUUGAGUAUCUCAUGGACAAAAAUGCUAAUAGAAGCUGAAUCCCAAAUACCUUGGUACUGAGUAUGUUAGAAACUGGCCAAAGUGGUCACAAGGCCCAGCUCCAGCAGAAAUGUUAUGCACAGGUAUAAUCUUCAGCUUUUCUCCACUAUUCCGGCAUGAAAAACUCUGAAGGCAGUUUGCAGAAGAGGCCAGGAUUCCCACCUCACCUCAUAGGCAGGGAGCUGAGGGAGUUUGGCCAGGGGACGAGGCACAUGGACUGCAGCACAGGGGCCAGAAUCUCAGGGUCGAGGCCGUUCCGCUCAGCAGAAGCUUGUCGUCUGCAGCUGCACUGGCCCUGAAGAUGGUCCCACAGAGGCUGCAGGAGCCUGGAUGCUGUGCAGGUCUGGGGCUGUGAUGGGCAUCAGGGAGGUAGGAGCAAACACUGAGUGAUAUCCCCUUACGGAAGCAAGGGACCAGCUGGGUCUUCCCACUGGUUUUACUGGGCUGCCCACUGCUAUCCUGCGUCAUGAAGGAAGUGCUUUGAUUCACCGGGUACUGGACAAAUGAGUUAUUGGGAGGUCCUCAACACACAGAGACCCUUGGCUGGAGUCCUGGUAUGGAUUCAUUUUUCUGUCUGGAUUUCCAAGGAAGGUGGUGUAGCCCUUGGGCAGAUCACAUGAAUGGCAGUCUCCAUCUUUGAUGUUUCCAAGGCAUGUGAUGCCACAGCCACCCUGACCUCAUGCAGCAGACAGUCCUGCUGUGAGGGGAACUGGAGUGGAGAUGGAGCUCCCUCUCCCACCAGCACUGCUAUGGUCCUAUGUAAAUGCCUUUCAAGCAGUGUAUGUCAUGUUGUAGACCUCACAAGUGGUCCUCAAGGACUAAUGACACCUCUCAUCCUCACACUCUGAAAACCAGCAGGGAGGCAGUGUCACAUCCUGCCCUGCCAUGCAGCUUCUUUGUACUAUAGAGGAGGGCAUUUGAGCCACAGUUCAGGAGGAGAGAGUGUAAAUUUCCUAUCUGAAGUGGAUAUAGCUGUAUAAAAGCACUAGGAUGUUUUGUAAUUCACACUAGAUUCUGGGCAGAGACUUGCACACCUUUGCACUCUGAUAAGGAAAAUAUUAUUACCCUCCUAGUGGCCUGUCCAGAUAAGCGGUUUUGGGCGGGCAGUCUGCAUUUUUUUCAAGCUCUCAUUAUGCUUCACCAGUAUCUCCAGAUGCUGUUCCCAGGGAACUAAGCUGCUUUCUAUUUAAAACUGUGACGAGCCAUGGAGAGUUUAGGCAAAGACCACGCUUAUUCGGACCCUUCCCUGCCACCCGCUGCAGCCUGUGAGGAGUAUGCUGUGCCAGAAGUCAUCAUCACCCGCCGCUUGAGAGACCGGGAGUUGCUCCGGAAAAGAAAAGCAGAAGCCCAGGAGAAAGAUUCAGUUCAGUGGGUUCUGAGGCAGCAGGAAAAGACCAAGAGGCAAAGGAGAGGAGGAGGGGCCAGGCGAGGAAGGGGCCGCCAGCCAGCGGUGCAGCCCAGCCCGCAGCCCGACCCGCAGCCGGACCCGCAGCCGGAGCCGCAGCCGAAGCCGCAGCCCGACUCACGCGGGGAGGCUGAACCAGCGCUGCCGGAGCUGGCACCACCUGAGCCGGUGUACCCAGAACAGCCGGCCGUGCUGACUUUCCAAGACCUGGUCAGUGGGAUGCAACCAGGAGUGGCGGAGAGAGAGCCAGCAGCCAGGAUCCAGGAUCCCACAGGUGAAGAGGAGGUGCUGAAACCAGCAGAAGCAGAAAUACCAGAAGCUUUGAAUACUCCUCUGGAAAAUGAGCAGGAGGAAAAUGAAUACAUCCCACACAUUCUAUUCUAAUUUUUUGGUGGUGGUUCUUUGUUUUGUUUGUAGGGGAUAUUUUGUUUGUUUAAUGUUAUGACUCCUGUGUGGAAAAUUCUGAUAAGUACUGCAGAGUGGUUUUGACCAGUUCCUUCCUUGUGAGUAAUAAAGCCUGCACUAUCCUGA